AUGGAGGUACUGUGGCGAAUUGCUGAGGUGCACAUGGCCAAGCUUGUCAUGCUUGUGGUCGUCUCAAUCGCUGUCAGUGACAUAUGUGCACUGAAUUUGGCAGUUAUGAUACUUAUUUCUCUGGCUCUCUGUUUACCGGCGAUCUCCUCCCUUCUUGCAUUGCUUUUGUGCUUUUUCGUAUCGGUUUUUGUGAUACUUCGAAUGCUUUAUCAGAUGCACUUUGUGGUGGAGCGUGAGCUGGUUGUCGAUCCCGAACACCUAAUAUGCAAUUCAUCCGAAUUCAAUUUUGACGCCAUAGUGCACUGGUUUGGCUUCCGAAAAGUUUCUGUGAUUGGGGAUUAUUUGCAAGUAAGUGUUUCCACUGCGGGAUCGGGUCAGUUCAGGAAACACGAGUAA